AUGAAACGCUUAGGCUAUACUAUUCCUAAAGGAUGGAGAGUGUUGACAUGGUUUAGGACUUGCCAUUUAGAUCCGGAAGUUUGGCCCGAGCCUAUGAAGUUCAAUCCCUCCAGAUGGGAUGACCUUGCUCCAAAAGCUGGGACUUUCCUUCCCUUUGGUGCUGGGAGCAGGCUGUGUCCUGGAAACGAUCUCGCCAAACUCGAAAUUUCAAUCUUUCUCCAUCAUUUCCUCCUUAAUUACAGGUUGGAAAGGACCAAUCCCGAGUGCCUGGUGCAGUUCUUGCCCCAUAGAAGACCAAAGGAUGCCUGCUUAGCUAGAGUCAAAAAGAUAUGAGCUGCUUUCAUUUAAGUUCUGUAGAAAAUAAAGCAAGGAGUUGUAUCGUUUAUUUGAGACUGAUGCUUAGACCACAACUUAUUCUAGUAAUGUUUUAUAUUUCGGAUUUUGUAAUGAAUUCAUGCUUUG